GUAAAAAUGCGGGAUUUUCUACGAACUCGGCAACUUGCGACAAUCAACCAAACCUAUGUUCUGGUAGAAACGAUUAGUCUAAAAGAGCGUCUAGUGUUCUUCAAGCAAGAUGUGGAUUUAUUGCUCAAGAUAAAGCACUCAAAUCACGAAAAUAUCAAUCCAUUUAUUGGGCUUUCAUACGACAGUACGCAUUUGUAUGUUUUGUGGACUCACUGCUUUCGCGGAUCACUCGCCGAGCAAAUCUUUGGAAAAAAGGACGAGCGAGCCACAUUUGAGAACAAUUUUCGAGGAGCAUUUGUUAGGGAUAUUCUAAAGGUGACGUUUGCUUUUACUUUGCAUGGGUUUGGACUAUAUUCACAACUCUUCUAUAGGAUAUCACGGUGCAUUGACAACUGGACACUGCCUAAUCGACUCACACUGGAUUUUGAAGAUCUACACUACAUUGCUCCCGAAAUUCGAGCCGAACUUCGAUCGCACAGUUAUUCGAACAAAUCUGAUAAUCUCAACCUUACAAGUACCAUAGGAAAGGCUGGAGAUAUGUGGUCAUUUGGCACCAUUCUGUCUGAGAUACUUUUUCGACGGAAAUAUGUUGAUCUCGAGGACUACUAUGACUGUAAGCGACUCAGUUGCAAACAAUAA